AUGCGCACUGUAGAACUCUUGAUACACCCCAACAAGCUUUCUGGCUAUGGAGACUUUGAUUUCGUCCCGGAGCUUACUAUCAGGCGAAGCAGGCCAGUUAAGAACUUCCUCAAUCUUCUUUAUGCUAGUGAGCCAGGCGAAACUGCCUCUUCAAUGUUGCCAGUCCAGACCAAAAUAACUUCUCAAUCUACUCAACCUAUCGACCUCACUCUUGGUCCUGAUCAUACCUCCAAUCCCAGUGAUCGUCCAGCCAUUAUUAAAACUCAUGCUCCUUCUACUGUCAAUCUUCCUACUAAAUCGGAACCCGAAGUGCCAUCGAUUGAUCCUCCCACUGUUACUUCGAUUCCUCCUUCUGAGCCUCUUGUUGACGAAAAUAUCAAUUAUGUCAUAAUCUCUUCUCCUCAAUCUACUAUUGCCGACCCCGAGGAACAACUGUAA